GAUAUACGACAGUCAGUCUGGUAUUUCAUCAAAAAAUGGCUAUUAUUUUUCUUCUGUCUUCUGUGUAUUAUUGGUGCCAUAGUGUUGGCCUCGAUGGCCAACAAAUUGAUUGCCAAAAUUAUCGAUAAUAACUAUCAAUGGGAAGAAAAAUGGGUUAAAGAUGUUAAAAAAGGUAUCUUUCUGAUAGUUACGUACAUCGGGUGCGGACUGGCCAUACUGUUCAAUUUGGUCGGACUGAUUGGCGCACUCAAAGAGCACUACUGUAUGACGUGCACCUAUGCCGUACUCAACACACUGAUUACGGCCGGUCUAAUUGGUUUGGCCACUAAAAAUACAGAUUUCUGGUACGCGGCCGUACCGUUCAUCAUAGUCUGUCUGGUUUCCUAUACGUUUGCCUACGAUCUGUAUCGCUGGCGUCGGGACGCGUUCGCCAGACCGAUAAUCAUACAGACGCCGGCACCGCCGCCACCAAUGAUGGCCACUACGACCACUGUUUUUAGGUCACCAGCUUUGGGCCAAAACUUGCAGCACAUCAACACCUAUCCGCCGUACAGUCAGCCGGCCUACAGCGCACACGCCUAUCAAACACCCGAUAUGUAUAUCGGACCGAACCAGUCGACCGGUGCUCAUCCAUCCUCUUCCUCCUCCAACCAAUCGGUGCCAUAUACACAGCAACCCUAUUCAGCACCGCCCGCAUACCAACAACAUGACAGUUACCAGCAAUCAUCAGCAGCUACUGGUGUCCAACAACAACAGCACGAGUAUGAAAAGCAAAAGCCUUAUAAUCCUCUCUAUUAA